AAUGCGCGAGACAAAACACUCAACUGUCAAUCAAACGAGAUCAAGCUGUCACACGCGCUGGACGCGCGAUAAACUCUUCGCGCAUUUCUGAAAUGAUGGUGUUGGACCCACGUGGAGAAGUCGAUGUGUGCGGAGAGCAAAUAGAGGAGUGUGAUAACAAAAACCAGGAGCUGAAUUCACCAAACCAGACCAGCAGGGAAAUGGAGAGUUCAGUGUCUACUAAUAACAGUGAGGAGGCAUCCAGAACCGACCAACCAGAGAGUGAAGAAAGGACAUUUGUGAGCAAACUGUACCAUUUUAUGAAGGACAGAGGAACGCCUAUCGAGAGAAUUCCUCACCUUGGUUUUAAACAAAUCAACCUGUGGAAAAUCUACAAAGCUGUGGAGACGCUGGGAGGAUAUGAUGCAGUCACGGCCCGUAGGCUAUGGAAGAAUGUGUAUGAUGAGCUGGGUGGGAGUCCAGGGAGUACUAGCGCAGCCACCUGUACACGCAGACAUUAUGAAAGGUUGGUGUUGCCUUUUGAGCGACAACUGAGGGGAGAGGAGGACAAACCUCUCCCACCCGCCAAACCUCGCAAGCAAUACAAGAGAAGCCCUGAGAACAGGGGAAGUAAGACAGAGAACAAGAAGAAGAGAAAGAUGGAGAGAGAAGAAUGUGAGGAUAAGGUAGGAUCCGAACAUUGCGGUGAUAGAGGGAUGUGUUCCCAUCAUAGUCAGUGGUCAGCAUUCUCAGAUCGUCCAGAUGCUGACCAGUCACCAACGGCCCCGGUCCACGGUGCCCACCCUAGCACCUGCUCAAGGGAGAACUCCUAUCUACAAACUCCCACUCCGUCCGAGGUCAUCUCCCCUUUGGAGAAGAAGAAGAGACUGGCUCAGGCCAGUCUUACAGUACCUUUAUCAGGGAGUGCAGAUGAUGGGACAGAACUAGAGAGACCCUCUGUGAUUCAGCUUUCCCACUCCUCCCAAUCCCCUACUUGCCCAUCCUCGACUCGUACUCGCCAUUCUUCUGAUGGCUCACCUCUCCCUGUCUCAUCUCCAUCUUCUUCCUUUUCCCGUAGCCCCUCUCCUUACUCAGUCUCUUCUGAAGACUGUAUAGCUGUGACAACCCAAAAGUCCCCCGUCAAAGAGACAGAGAACAAGACACCAUCCCGCGUAUCCACCGUCCCCACGUCAGAAGCUAGUAGCACCGGAGUUUGCAAACCCCUCAGCUAUUACCCCAACAGCAAAGAACUCCCCAACUAUCACCGCCACCAUUACCAGGAAUUCCUGUCAGCUGGAGCACAUUCCGAAAAGGCCCAGAGGAGUCUUUCGGCAUGGAAAACCAGCGCCAGACUUGCAUCCCUCAGGCUACCCUCACCUGCCUCAUACAACACAAAAGCCUACUGGGUCCCUCAUGUCUCUAGCUUCUCCAAAGUCUUACCACGUGACCCACGUUUGUCACUACAGCCUGGUUUUAAACCGCACAUGCCUUACCACCAGCACCUCCUUAAAAGGCCCACUACGGAUGAAGCCUACUUGAGGAAGAUGCCAGUAGCACCUUCACUUCGUAUUACGGACAAGGAGAAGUCAAAGUUGCCCAAGCCCUUGCCAACUCAGCAGUACCUUUUCCACCACCAUAGUGGUCUGACAGUGCCUUACCUCCCAGCCUUAGAGAGACCUCGGGGAGACUUGAAUGAACAGUUGAAAGCUCUACCACUACAACCUGUACUUCUUCCUACCCAUCUAACCAUCCCUCCAGCUACGCAUUCCAUGCAUUGCCCACCAGUGGGAACGUCUUUUCCUGGUCCAUAUGAGGCCGCUUUGCCUUCCUAUACUUACCCAUUACCGCUCUGGCAUCCUCCCGCAGGGUACAGCAUGGCAGGGCUACAGCCUUACUGAUCUUAUGUGAAACUGCUGGUCCUUACGGUCUAGUUUCUGUAGUGCUCUCAGGACUCAUGUUAGCAAAAACUUGACCUUAUUUAUUUCCUUUAUACACAUUGAUUGUCUUUCUGUUCUUUGUAAUACUGUAUUUUACCAAAUUGUAUUGCUUACAAAUUUGUUCAAAAUUGAGUUAAAGGGGACAUUUCACAAGACUUUUUUAAAAUGUAAAAUAAAUCUUUAGUGUCUCCAGAGUACAUAUGUGAAGUUUUACCUUAAAAUACCCCAUAGCUAAUUUAUUAUAGCAUGUUAAAGUGUAGGUGUGAGCAAAAAUGUGCCGUUUGUGGGUGUGUCCUUUAAAAUGCAAAUGAGCUGAUCUCUGCAUUAAAUGACAGUGCCGUGGUUGGAUAGUGCAGAUUAAGGUGUGGUAUUAUCCCUUUCUGACAUCACAAGGGGAGGCAAAUUUCAAUUAGGUAUUUUUCCACAUGUUUGCAGAGUAACUAAGUUAUUGGGUUGAUCUUUUUCACAUUUUCUAGGUUGAUAAAAGCACUGGGGACACAAUCAUAGCACUUAAACAUGGAAAAAGUCAGAUUUUCAUGAUAUGUCCCCUUUAAGACUUGAAAUGGACUUUGUGACAGCUUUUCUGUUUUGUGACAAAGUCUUCUGGUUAAACUUUGUCCAAUUUCAGAGAAACAAGUGUGUCAAAAUUGUAGUAACAUGUUUGACGGCUGGUGUAUAAACUUUAAAGUCAUUUUUCUAAGUUUCAUUGUUUGCAUAGUUACGGCACUUUGCCUUUGUAGGGCAGAAUACAUAAAAUGAUUUCCAAUCUACAGUUUUUUCCUUUUAAAUCCCUUUUUGGUACCUGGAAAUGUUACCCAAGUAAAAUUGAUUAUUAUUGUAAUUUUUGACAACAAAAUUUAGGAAUAUUACAUAUUUUCAUUGCGUAUUUGCAAAAGGAUGAACACGGUUAAACAAAAAAAUGUUUUUAUUAAAAAAGGUAAUUUUUGCUUACCUUACCUAGUUCUUACCAGAGCUAGUUUAUAUUAAUGUAAAAAUGGGACAUUCUCAAAACCACAUUGUUUUCAUUAUCUUAUUUUAAGCCUUUUCUAUUUUUUCCUUUAUAUUUCUGUAUCUUGCCACUGAAGGGAAGUUUGUUUGACAAUGCACGAGCAAUUUGAAAAACUUUCUUUGUACAAUUGUAUAAAUAAAUUCUGUCUUUCAAAUGUAGGUUCUCAAGACAAUGCAUGCAAAUUAAUUGGAAAGUUU